AUAUGCAUUCGAGCGUUAAUGUUGUCGUUGUGUAUACCUUAUUAUUGCAGUAGAGUGGUGUUCUUAGAUUUGUGGUCGCUCAUGAAUAGAAUGACGAAUAUUUGAUAAAUCAGUUUUUACCAAUAAUGCCAGGUAAAUUGCGAAGACAUGAUUACGACCUCGUCGAAGAAGCCUAUGAUAGUAAGUCCCCAGUGCACAACGAAGACGCGUUCGAACAUGGAAUUGCCUUCAAAGUUAAGUAUAUUGGGACGAAAGAAAUUCAUAAACCUAGCAGCAGAGCUGAAAUAGUCACUGCUAUGCGACGAAUACGGUAUGAAUACAAAGUCUAUGGUACCAAGAAGGAAAGGACAGAACUCUCUGUUGCUGUGAGUGGAAUUAAAGUUGUUCGAAGGGAGGAAGGCAAGCGCAGCUGGAUCACACAACAUAAAAAGAAAAACUCCUAUGUCGAAACAGAAGUUAUGCAAUACCCUAUUAACAGAAUCUUCUAUGUCUCACAUGAUUCCCAAGAUCUGCAGAUCUUUAGUUUUAUUUCAAAGGAUGAUGAUCUUUUUAAAUGCAGUGUAUUUAAAGCAAGUAAUAAGGCGGAUGCUAUACACAUUGUGAGGACAGUAGGCCAAGCUUUUGAGGUGUGUCACAGGAGAACACUCAGUCAAGUGGCCCAAGAAAAUAAUAUAAAGAAUGAACAGGAUAAACUUGAAACUGAUGGGCCUACAAGUGAUGUACCCACAGCAACAGAAGGGACAAAUUCUGCUGGUGGACAGAUUGAUUUCUCAUCAGACUCAGUGUGGGCUACCAAGGAUUACCCGCCGGAGGCAGAAGCUGGUAUUGCACCCUUAACAAUUCAACAGCUGCGUCACAUAUAUCAACAGCAGCUGGAUCAUCAAAGGCAAGAGACACAGGCAGCCCAGGCAAAGAUAAAGCUUUUGACACAACAUCUUGAUGACGAGGCAGCUGCAAGACAGGUUCUUCAGAAUCAACUGGACCAAGUGCUCAAGCAAAACAAGGACUUGAUAACAACAAUAACACAAUUGGUUGAUCAAGUUCAGACUAUGCAGAAUCAAAUGCGUGGUCGAGGUGAUUCUGGUGUAAGUCUUAGUCUGGAUAUGGAUGGAAAGAUAUCUUCAGGAUCAGCAUUACACUCACAAGUUUCAUCAUCUGUGGGCUCCUCUCCAGUCAAGGAUGGGUUGUUGUCAGCAGCAACAGCCGCACAGAAACGACGAAUGCUUGGUGAUCCUGUAUUUCCCACUAUUCCUCCUCCAGCUAUGACUCCAAGCCCUGUGAUGUCACAUCGAAGUGUAAUGGAUCCUCUUGAUGGUAGUGUUACUUCCCUACAGUCAAGCAGCAAAGUUGCAAGUGCAGAAUCUUUUAUCCGAAACACAGUUCCUGAAAGUGGCCCUCUUCCUACCCUUGUGGAUUUGGGCUCAUCUGAUCUUGAAAUGGUUGAACCAAGACAUGAACCUUUUCCUCAGCAGUUUCUACAGUUUACAUUUGACAGUUCUACAAAUUUUGAACCUGGUAAAGUUGAUUCAGCCAGUAAUGGUAGUUUAACACAGUUUAAUGGAGUAGGCAGCAAAGCCAACACCUCUUUACCUCAAAACAGCAGUGGAACAUCUCCUGUUUUGAAUGGCACCUUUUAACAUCAAUUCUGACAGGUAGUCUUGGUAGUCCUUUGCAUCACCUAUCUUGUCACAGUUAUUGUAAGAUUUUUUGAGAUGGCUUUUUAAAUUGUCUUUAUUUUGACUAGAAUGAAACAUUAAUUCAAAUGCUCAUAGAAUGGAGGAUAAUACUUAAAGGAGAAUUGAGAAUUGAGGUGCACAAAAAGUACUAGCUGUAAGGUUAAUGUACUUUCAUGCGCCUCACUUCCAUAGUUCCAAGUGAUGCACUUACAUCAAUUUUUUUUUUUCACUACCCUUUUUAUUUUACUCAUGCAACAGACUUUCCUGAAAAAGGAAGGACUGCACAUAAUUUUUUGAGGGUGUAAAACUAGUCAGCAAUAUUCUCUUAAAAAAAACUUAAACACUAUAAUCAUAAUUAGGGUGGAGGGUUAAUUUUAUGUGCAGGGGAAAUCUCUGACCACUGAUUUUCCUUGUGUUGUUCCUGGUUAUAUGCAUACAAAGAAUUAUCUGUUGUUGACAAAAAUAUUUUAAUAAUUACAUAGUGCUCUGGGGAAUAUAAUUUUUUGUCAGUGUUAAGUCUGAGUAAUGAUUAUGAGAAUUUUUCUUGAGUAGGGAUGAUGACAGAGCAGAGGGUGGGACUGUCUUGAAAAAAAUAAAAAUUGAGGUCUGUUGUCAUAUUUAACCCAUCAUGUGAAAACAUGAGUAGAUUGGUGGCCUGGUAGUCAUUUGCAAGACAACAAGUUGAAGGUUGUCAGGUACAGCUGCUUUCUAUGGUUAAAUGUUUGCCCAGUGUAGUGAUAAGGGUGCACUCAAAAGACAUCUGUGGGCCACUGACAGUCAAAUGUAGGAGUUAAAAUGCAAGUAGCAUGAUUUUUCACACAUCAAGUUUUGAAUUAAUAUUUUCAAAUGAAUUGUAUAUAUCACAUACAGAGUCACAGAAGCUUAAAUUUUUUGCAAUGUACAGUAUAUCCUUUAUUUUUAUGCUCUGAAUUUAUGCAUUUGUGUAUUUAUACAGCUUUUAACAUAAUGUCACAGUUUUUAUCAAUAUUUUAUAUUGUUGAAAAAAUAUACCUCAAAUUUCUUACCUUAUUUGAAUCAUAAACAUUUUGUACAUGCAGAUGCAAAUAUGAGCACUAUUUUUCCAAAAAGGUACUUGUAAAAUAUGCGGGCAAUGACCCUGAAAAAAAAGCUGAGGAUGCAAACAUUUUUUGGGAUUAUGCUUUUUAAGGAUUUCAAUUAAUUUUUAUUCCAAAGGCUGACCAUAGUUAGUCAAAGUAGAUGAAGCAACAAGCUGUUGAGUAUGGAUAGUGCUUUCAUAUGCUGGUGAUCAUUUUGAUUCAUGUCUCCUCACUGGUAACUGUUCUGUUAUUUACAGUCUUGCUGAAACUUAAGACAUUUUAGGUUUUCAGUACAGCAUUAGAUUUUGAUACUGUAAGCAAUAAAGGAUUUUAAUGUAAAGGAGACUAAACUUAUCAAGACAUCAAUCAAACACACCCUACCAUAGCUCCAGUAAUGCUCAAAUUAAAUUGACGAUCUCUUCUCGAAAACUCAAUUUAUUAAAAUUUCAUGAUUGUGUAGAAAUGCCCUUGUUCUAGGGCUUGGUUUACUACAAUUUUGGUAUUAUAAAAUUAUUAUCAUUUAAAAGUCAUUUACACUUAAUUCAAGCAGCCUUGUAAUUAAAUGGCACAUGGUUAUAGUGUCAGGAGGCACUGUUAAUUUUGUAUUCCAAUUCAUGCUAUUAACAAAUUAUUCCCAGCUUAUUGUAAUUUGAAUGGUUUUUCAUUUUUAUCACAAAAGAAAAAUUGCAUUUAAUCAUGACAUUACUAAUGGCACAUUAAUAUUUAAUCUUUGAUUACAUGUCACAAUAUUACUUGAUACAUUUUUUCAACUAUUUGGAUAUUUGAAACUUAAAAUAUUCUAGAGUGAGGGAACACUAGUUAAGGUGGCAGAUAUUGCAAUGAAUGAGAGCACUGAGUAAUAUAUAGAAAAUAAAAUGCAAUAAACAUGAAUUUCAAAUGUG